CCUGCCUCCUCCUGCUGCCAUCACUUGGGCAACGCUGGGCCUCGCUGCUCCGCACCCUCUCCCAGCAAUAACAGCGGUUGUGAAUCAAUCCAAGAAUGAACAAUUGUAAGAAGCCUUAUGUUUACCAGACUACUAACCUUGAAAAGUUCAGUCCUGAAAUUCUUUCUGAAAUUGAGAAGCUCUUUGCAAAGAAAUUUACUUACACUAAGCCUGUGAAUAAUGAAUGGCAGCUCCCAGAUCCCAGUGACGCUUUUACCUGCGAUCACAAGGAAUUCAACUCGCUCCUGGCUCUGAAGGACUCGAUGAAUGAAGUGAAGAAUCAACUGAGUGAUAAGAACCUGGAUGAAUGGCAUCAGCACACCUCGUUUACCAAUAAAGCAGGGAAAAUAAUUCCCCACGUGAAGAAAUCGGUGAACGCUGAGCUGUGCACCCAGGCCUGGUGCAAGUUUCAUGAGAUCCUGUGCAGUUUUCCUCUUCUGCCUGAAGAAGCUCUUCAGGAUGGAGAACUGAAUUCUGUCCACCUCUGCGAAGCACCUGGAGCUUUUAUAGCCAGCCUCAAUCACUACUUGAAAUCCCACCAUGUCCCCUGCGACUGGAAUUGGGUUGCUAACACUCUAAACCCCUAUCACGAAGCAAAUGACACCCUGACGAUGAUCAUGGAUGACCGCCUUAUAGCAAAUACGUUGCCUUGGUGGUACUUUGGCCCAGAUAACACGGGUGAUGUGAUGACGUUGAAACAUCUAACAGGGCUUCAGAACUUUGUACGCAAUAUGGCCACAGUUCACUUGGUGACUGCUGAUGGCAGCUUUGAUUGCCAGGGAAACCCAGGUGAGCAGGAGGCUCUUGUCUCACCCCUUCAUUACUGUGAAACAGUCACUGCUUUAAUGAUCCUGGGCGCUGGAGGUUCCUUUGUUUUGAAGAUGUUCACGCUGUUUGAACACUGUUCUACCAAUCUGCUCUUUCUGCUAAACUGCUCCUUUGAGGAGGUCCAUGUCUUUAAGCCAGCCACUAGCAAAGCUGGAAAUUCGGAAGCCUAUGUGAUUUGUCUUCGUUAUAUGGGCAGGGAAAGCAUUCAUCUGCUACUUUCUAAGAUGAUACAGAACUUUGGAACAGAAAUGGUCAACAAAGCACUUUUUCCCCAGCAUACGCUGCCGGAAUCUUUUCUUAAAAUACAUGAAGAGUGUUGCAUGUUCUUCCACAAGUGCCAGGUAGAGACUAUCUCCGAGAACAUCCACCUCUUUGAGCACAUGGAAGAAGCCGAGCAGGCGAAACUGAACAAGCUAAGAGACUGUGCAGUAGAGUUCUUCAUGCAGAGGUUUCAUGUGAAACCUAUUGCCAGAAAUAACUGGCUUGUCAAGAAAUCUCAGACCGGUUGCAGCAUGAAUGCAAAAUGGUUUGGGCAAAGAAACAAAUAUUUUAGUACGUACAAUGAAAGGAAGAUGCUGGAAACACUUACCUGGAAUGAUAAAGUGGCAAAGGGCUAUUUUAAUCACUGGGCUGAAGAACAUAGCUUAAACAAUGCUGGUAAAAUGUGCAUCUUGGAAGGAUCAUCUUCUAACCUGGAGUGUAGCUUGUGGUACAUUUUGGAAGGAAAAAGACUACCGGUGGUAAAAUGUUCUCCAUUUUGUGAUGGUCAAGUCUUGGAGAAUCUUAAUGAAGCUAUGAGAGAAUUGGUGGGAGGGGGGCUGAAAAGCAGACAAAUGCUGCAGACUUGUCACUCGUGUGAAGUUCUUCCUGGGGCACUUAUACUGGCAGAAGUCUCUGAGCUUUCCAGGUGUCACCAGGAAGUCUUGAAUGGAAGAUGUAGUGAGCAAUUCAAGUGCCUUGUGGUGGGCUUUCCAUCCCUCUGUGACACCGAAAGCCAACUCAGUAUGGAAAUAAAGCUUCUGGACUCGGCCACGCUGCUGACUUUCAGCUUCUCUUUGCUUUACGAUGGAGAACCAAAGUACCAGCAGCAGCUUUUGGAGUGCGUUCUGCGUGCGUUGAAUCAGCUUACAGUGGGGGAUGCACUGAUUUUGCCUAUUCUCUCUUGUUUUACGCGCUUCACAGCUGGCCUGGUCUUCAUACUGCACUGCUGUUUCAGGUGCAUCACGUUUGCUUGUCCCACCUCCCAGGAGCUGCUAAGGACAAGUGCUGCUUUGCUAUGUGUGGGCUACCGAGGCCUCCCAAAUCCUGUUGUUGAGUAUCUACAGCAUCUGAAUAAACUAACGAGCUCUUUACUGGAUGUGGACUCUCCCCAGCAGGUUUUGCAGUUUGUGCCCAUGGAAGUUCUCCUCCGGGGCAAGCUGUUGGAGUUCCUGUGGGAUUUGAACACGGCCAUCGCCAAGAGACAACUCCACUUGAUUGUGCAAGCUAAGCAGCAGCAGAUGACUAGUGAUAUGUCACUUUAAAAACAGUUCUGGGAUUGAGCGAGUUGCUGCUGCUAGACCUUGUUUCACAGGCGGGUAGCAGGUGUUAAAAACAUUGUUAAUGCAAAGGUAAUGUUACUGUAAAAGCUCAGUGUGACAUCGUUAGCCUUGGGAGGGUGUUUUGAGCUAUGGAUCCCACUUGCACCACAUUGGCCUGUGGUACAGGAACCCGAGACUUCAUCUCAGGUGUGGGGGACUUGGGAGGGAUGCUGAUUGAGGUGGAGAAACUGUUUUUCCUCUCUCUCGGCUCUCCCUGAGCAAAUUUCUUCAUGUACCUCCUGGGUCAGAGCUGUGACCUUCAGGAUGAGAGGUGUUAACAGUGAUUUCUACUUGUUGCAUAGGGCCAGACAAGGGGGGGACCCCGUUGUGUGACGUCAGCCCUCUUCUGUGGAGCAAGAUGGGGGAGCUUGGGCACACAUGCAUACUUUUCUGGGGUUUGUAGAAGCCAAAAUGUGAGGUCUGGGCCUGAACGCUCAAUAGUUUGCAAACCUGAUGUAAGACUUGAGGGUUGAGCACCUUGUGAGCAGACAGCUGUCUCACAAGGGCUGGGUUAAAAAUGACUGCCCCCUAAGCAGUAGCAGAAGUGUCCAGGGAAAGAUGCUCUUCAGUUUUAAUUUGAUUUAUGCAAACAGCAGCAGGCUGUAUGGGUUUUGACAGGUUAUUGUGUGGCUUUGUCUCCCCAUCAAUGAAUGGGGCUGUUACAACUUUAUUUUAAAGUGGUCCUUAAAAUAAUUUGAGACUCCUGAGUGAAAGUGAAGACUUGCAUCUAUGGCAGUGGCUAUUAAUGAGGAAUGCAAGUGUUUUUCAGGCUAAACACAUGAUCAUGCACAGCUUUGUGUAUCAAGAAAUGCUUUGGGUACUGCUGGAGGAGCGUUAAGCUGAAGAAAUAUGUGAUAACUUUGGGAAAGUCUGACUAAGAUUUCAGUAUGUUCUCCUCAGGGAUACAAACAUUGAAAUGGGUAACGGGCUGUUCCUUUAAGGGAGUCACAUUUUAUUUUCCAUAGUGCUCCUUUGAGAGCUAAAUUUUGAGGCCCAAUUUGUGUGCAUUAACAUUUAAGUUUGCAGUUUAGAUGGAAAAACCUGCUUGGAGGGAGAAAUGAUCUUUAAAGGAAAAAUGGCUUUGCUUGAUAAUAUGUGCAAGGUCUUGUAGAAGAAGGUUGAAGGAGUGGAGUUAAAAGGAAAAUAUAAUCUCCUGAUGAAUUACCAGUUGCCUUCUGGAAGCACCUCUAAUUAUAUAAUGUGGGAGCUUGAAGGAUAAUUGAUUACUGGUAAGGGAUUAAAAGCACUGCUGAAAAACUGUUUUGUCUGCAGGUGCUGCACAUUUAAUAGCCUUUCUUGCCACGUUGAUCGGGGCAGAGUGGAAUGCAUUUAACAGUUCAUUUCUUAUUUAAGAAUUUGAUAGGUGAAUGAGUUGAUGGCUCAGGUCUGACUAAUUCAUAACAUUUUCUAAAAAAAUCUAGCUUUUUACAGUUGCAGGUAAAUAGAGGCUGCCUAAACAAAAGCUUCUGGGAUUGGUCAUUGUCCAUUUUAAUUAAUUUAAAUGGACUUGCUCUUUUUGCUGUGAGCUGAGUCAUGCUUCCACACUCAGACUGGGAAGGAAGGGAACAGAUUGGGAGAUAUAAGCAGUAAGAGCUUCUCCUGUAAAUCAGCUUUGAACCUGUAAACUCAAGAGUGCAAGCAGGGCCAUGGAUGAAUUUCAUUGAGGAAUAAAAAAGAAAUACGGAGAACCAGAACAAAGAAGAAAUAAUGUGGAGGAACAGAUGAUGAGACAGUAUCAAAGAUUACCUGUAAAAGCCUGCUUUGCCUGAAAGAAAAAGCAGGAUAAAGAUAUUGUCCACCACGGACAGCCCUCUGUCUCUGCCACGGUUUCAGAGGUGAUUAAUGCUUCUGAAACUCCCACUCAGCUGAAGCAUUUGAAAAGACUUCUCUUAAAGCAGGGGUAAAUGAGAUAUUUCAAGUGCAUGGGUGUGCUUAUACUCUGCUGUGGAAGCACGAGCAGCCAGAAGCAUGUCAUCUAGUAGGUACUUAAAUAACUUGGGGUUUUUCUUACUAACAUUAGUCAAAGAUGUUAAAAAUUUUAAUUUAUAUGUAACAUAAAAUCCUGAGGUGACUGACAGGCCAUGGGAGAAAAUGCAUUUAAUUUUUCAGGCUUUCUUUGUUUUGUACCUUUGAACUGAGCAGACUUACCUCCUAUCCUACUGUUCCCCAUAUCAUCAGUCUCUAUUUUUUUUAAAUUUAUUUUUAGGAGAAAACAUUUUAGAUGGUUGUGAAUCUGUUUGGAAGUACCCCCAAAAAGCUGUAUGCAGGCUCUUUGGUGGAAAACCAGAUCUCUAAACCAAAGGAAGUCCAAUGUCCUGUGGAUCCUGGUGCCUGAUUUGCUCUGGAACUCUUUUAUUGUUGGUAGACAUGGGGAGGUGACAGGAGAAAUGCUGUGACAGCAACUGUUAAGAAUGUGCUUUGAGAGUCUUUUUUUCUUAGUAUUGUUGUCUUAAAGGCAGGUGUUUCAAAGUUAGGAAUGACACUUGUCCUUUUAAUUGUGAGAAUCCUGCAUUGUCCUGGUUGCCUUUGGACUCAAGACUUCUUUGAGAGAAGUGACACUUAAUUUCUGUUGUGACUUUUGGAAUAUGUAAGAAUGGCUGAGAAGAAUGCAUUAACCUUUGUGGAGAGGGUCUGAUGACUCCUGCCUUCAUCGAGGCUGUCAGUUUUGGGCCAAUUUGAUUUGAUUUUUGAGUGACACCUGAUGAAGUGUCUCUGUAUCCUGCCUGCUUUUAAGUUGGGUUUUUUUUUGACAUGUUUGAAGAUGAACUGUGUAUUGGUUUUCAUAAUUAAGAGCUUCAGGUUUCACAUGGGGGGAAAUAGAAGGGAUGGAGAGUAAAAAGUUCGUUGUGAUGCGAUCAAGAUUGAUGCAAACUUGAGGUAAAUAUAGUUUUGCAGCCCUGCUGCUGCAGAUUUCCAAUGAAGGACCAAUAUUUAGGCCCAAUGAUUAUCUGUAAGAUACAUUAUUUCUCUGAAACUUUUUAUAUCUUUUGUUUUAAGCCAGCAUAAUCUUUUGAAAUCAGUUGCAUGAAGGUUGAAUGAAUUGGGUAUUCCACUAAGUGAAAAUGCUGAUUUAUUUUAUAUAAAUUGAGUUCCAUUAAAGUUAAGAGACUUGCUCCUUAUUUUUACUAAUUCUUUAUUGUAUUUAGAUUCACUUGGAUGUGCACAGAUUAUAUGUGUUCUUGCCACUGGCUUUCUAAUUUAAUUUCUGCAAAACAUAAUGAGAUUUACAGUAUGAAAUCCGGUAGUCUAUUAAAGUGGUACUAAUUGGUGUCUAUUCAUCUUAAUUUAAGAUGGAGCUAUCAGAUUACUAGUUGUAAAAGUAGAAUAUGUAGCAGAACUGUAUUGUUAGGAAAAGCAACUUGGGACUUAACAGGAAGAGCUGAAUAUUGCCUGUGUAGGAAGUAGGAGAAAAGGAAAAUGCAUCUUGAUUUCUGGCCGUGCUUUAGGAUACAGAGUGACAUCGAAUCCUUGAUUUACUGGGAGCAAGGGUUGACCAGUAAGUCAAAGCCUCAGAGCCUUACAGCCUCCUCUUACCAUCCAAAAAAGCCGUCUUUUGAUGUCUUUUUAAUUUAUGGUUGAUUUUCAGCAUGUUAAUUGUGAGUGGGGGAAAUCCUGUGUGCCUUGUGGGUAUAUUACCUUUUGGGCGGUAUGAAAUGGCUUUUAUUGGUACUUGUCCCCAUUUCCCACUUGGAAACCAGAGUCUCUAAAUUUCAGUUUGUAGCCUUUGAAUAUCAGGCUUUUAUUUUUAUUUAUUAUUUUUUUUAGCAUUGUAGUGAGUGAAGACCGAGAUCUAGAUUUCCCUGCCAAAAUCUGGUAAUAGCUUUUCCAUCACAUUCGAGCAACUAUUUUCACGAAUUCUGUGCUGAUAUCCUUAGUUCCAGUUCUUCCUGUGCUUCAGUCGCUUCACAGAGGGAUGGAAUGGAGCUGGUUAUGCCAGAAACAUGCUCAGCCCGUGCCUCUUCAUUGCUUGCUCUUUAGGCAAUAAUUUGGAUGGCUGUCGAGCCCUCUCUUGUGAGCCCUUAUGGGUCCAGAGCUGGUUUCAAGUCUUAAGAAUGAAAUUUGCUAAAAGAAUUAGCCAGUGGCUGUAGACUCUUACAACAGGCAGAACCUUUAGGAGACAUUUAAAUGCAGGUAACUUUGCCACCAGCCAGAAGAAGCUAAAACAGGAUGCAGCUGAUGGGAUUUGCUAGCCUUACCUUGCUAAAAAGUCUUAAAAAAAAGACAACUUUCAGGUAUAACCACCUGAACAAGCAGUUCACCAGUUGUGUGCCACCUUCUGUGUACACAUGGGUGGGUUUGUGUUUGCACACGUGGAAACCCCCAGGAUUGUACCGCUGUGAAGCUUUUGCUCUGUAACUAAUCUGUGAUUCUGUUUUGAAGGAUGAAUAUAUUUUUUUUUCUAAGGAGAUGAAGGGAUGCUGGUUUAAAUGGCUGUUGCAUAUUUUCAGUUGGUCUGCAAAUGAGUGUUAAAAGACCUUUUUUUUUUUUAUUAAAAAAAAGGAAAAAUAAAUGUUAUUUGGAGAAAAUAAAAUAUUUUAGGUUUUAAA